AGAUUAUAGAAGUUAAAUUCUGAAACGUCUGCAGUGCUAUGUAAAGAAUUUAGUGUGAUAGUUGGAACUUUAACUUGCUAGUCACGUGGCUAUGGAGCCGGAGAAUUUAAGGGAGAAUUGGGAGCUGUUGGGGGAUGUGUUCUACGAGAUUACUGAAGUGUAUGAGAUGGAGUGGGCUGAUAAGGUUCUAAAGAAUUAUAAGCUUGUUAUGGCACCCUAUGGAGGUAUGGUAGCCCUGGCGUGGGACAGCAAACAGCUAACUCGGGGACAACCUAAACGAUUUAUUGAAAUAUACAACGGAGCCGGCGUUCUGCUAAAUGAGAUAGCCACACAAUACGAGCGGAUAACAGUCGUUAACAUGGGCUGGUCAAACAACGAGGAUCUGAUCGUGGUCACUGAUAUUGGCUCUAUUUACAUGUAUGAUUUUGACGGAACUCCUUUAUCACAGUCUUCAGCUACUUCUGAGAUCCAGGAUUCUCGAGUCAUCGAGGCGAAGGUAUUCCCUACAUACGGAGGUACAAAGACAGGAGUUGCCCUACUAACAGGCAGCUACAGAUUCUACUUUAACUCCGACGUGAGCGAGGAUAACCCUCAAUACAAACUAAUGGCAGAUGUGCCAGGUCUGGACAACCCACCCAGCAGCUGGGCGGUACUGCCUCACGAUCGGAGCAUAGAGAUACUAGUUUCUAACAACAAUAAACUCUACCUGAUAGAUAGAGGUAGUUGCAGUCCCAAGUACCCGCAGCGUAUGAUGCAGUCAACUGGCGCAGUUAUUGAGAUGUCCGUUCUGUAUAAGACCCUGGAUAUUGCCCUGUUCUCAGAGAAUGGGUUCCUGUGGGUGGGAUCCUCAGAUCUGCAGUGCAUGUAUACUGAGUUUGACACUUGUGUCACCAACAGACCCUCCCAGUUGUCUUGGUGCGGCACAUAUGACAGUAUGAUCGACAUGAGCGCUGCUAUUAUCCUGGUGUGGGACGCACUGAAUCAGUACCAGGUAGUGGGGGUUGGAGUUGAGGCUGAGUCUUCAAUCCAUUACACAGAUUCGUCUAUCUGUGUGUGUCACGAGAUUGAUGGUGCCAGGAUAAUAUCGUCUAAGUCGCACGAGCUGAUACGGCGAGUUCCACAAGCCAUGGUUGACGUGUUCAGGGUGGGCUCGUCUCAGUCUGGUGCUCUUCUGUACGAUGCACAGCGCGAGUUCGACCAAUCCUCACACAAGGCUAACGACUAUAUGCAGGAAAUAGUGGAAAGAGACGAUAUAGAACUAGCAGUUAACCAGUGUAUAAGUGCCGCUGCUUGCUCUACCAAACCUAAACUUCAGAAAGCGCUGCUUCGUGCUGCAUCAUAUGGCAAGUGCUUCUUAGCCAAUGACAGUCCCGAGCACUUUGUCGACAUGUGUAAAACACUGAGGGUAUUGAAUGAGGUUCAAUCAUUUAGAAUUGGAAUUCCGUUAACUUACCAACAGUUGCAUUCCUUUACAAUCAAGGGUUUGAUAAAACGGUUGGUUCGGAUGAGGUUGUAUUACUUAGCUCUUCCUAUUGUUGAAUAUCUGAAGAUACCUGAGGGUCAACAAAUGGUUUUGUCUCAUUGGGCUAUGGAUAAAGUGAAGCGAUCUAAGGAAUCAGACGAAGCUAUAGCAGAUGCUAUCUUCAAGAGAGUUGGCCCCAGUGAUUCUAUAUCCUACGCUUCAGUUGCUAACGAAGCUAAGAACUACGGUAGAACAGAGCUAGCAAUAAAACUGUUAGACUACGAACCACGGUCCGCUGAACAAGUUCCUGCUCUGAUGAGAAUGAGCCGGUUUACUAACGCUAUCGAGAAGGCUAUCGAGUCAGGUGAUAUGGACCUGGUUCACACUGUGAUAGUUACCAUGGAGUCCAAGCAGACUCCCAGAGAUUUUAUCAACACGCUCAAAGAUUACCCGGUUGCGAGUGCGUGGUAUGCUAAGUGGUGCUCUCUUACAGACAGUCAGAAACUUCACGAUCAUUUUUACACUCAGGACAACUUCGAAGCUUCCGCAUUACUGUCUAUAAAGGAGCUGGAGCAUAGCAUGAUGCUUGAUGCUAAGAUAAAACUACUCGAGAGUAUUAACAGACAUUUUACUGAUGGGUCCAAGGAAUUGGAAUCUCGUCUUACUAAAGAGCAAAUCGCAUUACUAAGGAGACAGAUGGCACUUCAGGUUAAAGUAGCCGAUAUUAUCGGACUUAAUCUAAACGAAACCAUCAGUAUUUUGGUUCAGAGAGCACUUCUAGCUGAUGCUGAGAAUGUCCGAAAAGAGUUCAAGAUUUCAGAUAAAAAGUUCUGGUGGGUUAAAGUUCGUGCUCUUGCUCAGACCAGAAAUUGGCCUGAACUUGAAAAGUUUGCAAAAAGUAAGAAGUCUCCAAUAGGAUAUUCUCCGUUUGUUAUGGCUUGUAUUGACAAUAACAACAAAGCUGAAGCUAUAAGAUACAUUGAGCGUGUUUCCAAAGAGGAGCAGGUUGAGUUUUACAUUGAUUUGAAUAUGCCAGAAAAGGCUGCGGAAAUAGCCAAAUCUGCGAAGAGUAUUGACUUAUUGGAUAAUGUGUUAAAUGCGAUUGGUUCACAAAAUACUGUGUUGACGGAGACUAUUAAUUCGUUCAAAAAUGGUUUAUGAGUUUCAAAAGAGGAUUUUGGGAUGUUUUUGAUCGAAGCUAAUAAUAAUGAGGGUUCCACAACUGUUUUUAUCCCAAUUUGUGUAACUUUUAGUACAUAUUGUUUGAUUAUAAGUUGAGAAGUUACGUGUUGAUAAUUAAAUAAAAUGGAGGAUCAUCUGUAUAGUAUCGUU